AUAAACUCUAAACUAGUGCAGCCAGUUCAGCUAUAAAGAACAAACCUUCUUACUUCACUGCUAUAGGUUGUGGAGUGAGUUGACCGGUUAGAUAAAGGUUUGCACUGUUUGCAGUAUAUGCAGUUCAGUGAUUACUACACGUUGAUUACUACGCGACACGUUGCAUUCGUGUAUAUUCAGUUACCUGGAGAUAGAUUAAUCAAUCAAAAUGUCUGCAAGUGGGGUCAUAUUGACAAGUAUUUAUACAUCGGAAAAGCAUGGUGAUGAUGAGAUAGGAGAUGGAUCAGAAAGUAAGCCCUUUAAAACUAUUUUAAAAGCAGUGGCUCAUGUUGGUAGGGAAAACUUAAAGGAAGAACCCUUUCCAACUGUCUACCAAGAUUCUCGCGAAGAUGGCAAAAAGUAUGAUCCAGUAUCCAAGUCUCAGUUAAAGAAAGCACACAAGAUUUGGAUUAGAGAACAGAAGAAGAAUGAAGGAAAGGAAAAGAAAGAGGAGAAGCUGUUGGAGGAUGAAGAGAAAAGAUUGAAAAAUCUCGAAGAGGCUAAGACAAUUGUUCUAGAUGAAGACGAGUCUCUGGCGAAACCAAAACAGAUCAAAAUAAGAGAAGCUCCAGAUCAUAAAGAUGAAAGAGUUGCACUAUACGGAUGGGUGCAUAGAUUCAGACGGCAAGGCAAGGCUCUUAUAUUUAUCACUCUGCGAGAUGGGACGGGCUUCCUGCAGUGUGUAAUGACUGAUAAGCUGUGUCAAACGUAUGAUGCCUUGAUUCUUGCAACAGAAGCUUCCAUUCAGGUGUUUGGAACAUUGAAAACUGUCCCCAAAGGAAAGAGCGCACCUGGUGGACAAGAAUUAUCUGUUGAUUAUUGGAAACUCAUCGGACCAUCGCCCCCUGGUGGUGCUGAUUCGAUUUUAAAUGAAGAAGCUCAGCCUGACGUACAAUUGGACAACAGGCAUAUAAUGAUUCGAGGCGAGAAUACAUCAAAAAUUUUAGUAAUGAGAUCUAUAUUAACGCAAGCAUUCAGAGAUCAUUAUAAAGAUCGCAGUUAUUACGAGGUAACUCCGCCAACGUUGGUGCAAACUCAGGUGGAAGGCGGUUCAACUCUUUUCAAAUUAGACUAUUUUGGGGAAACCGCAUUUCUUACUCAGAGUUCUCAACUGUACCUUGAGACAUGUCUUCCAACAUUGGGGGAUGUAUUCUGCAUUGCUCAGUCAUAUCGGGCAGAGAAAUCAAAAACGCGUCGUCAUCUUGCCGAGUACUCGCACAUCGAGGCAGAAUGCGGAUUUAUCACAUUUGAUGACCUGCUCGAUCGACUAGAGGAUUUGAUUUGCGAUGUGGUCGAUCGAGUUUUACGAUCGCCGUUUGGCCACAUCGUCAAAGAAUUAAACCCCAACUUCCAAGUUCCCAAGAGACCCUUCAAACGAAUGAACUACAGCGAGGCGAUCGAAUAUUUAAAAGAGAACAAUAUCACGAAGGACGAUGGCAGUUUUUACGAAUUUGGAGAAGAUAUUCCAGAAAAGCCAGAAAGGGAGAUGACCGAUGCUAUUAACGAACCAAUAAUGCUCUGCCGUUUUCCUGCAGAAAUUAAAUCGUUUUACAUGCAACGUUGUCCGGAGGAUAAACGCCUAACCGAAUCCGUCGACGUACUUAUGCCGAACGUGGGUGAAAUCGUCGGUGGCUCGAUGCGUGUCUGGGAUUACGACGAGUUGUUGGAAGGCUACAAGCGUGAGAAUAUCGAUCCGAAGCCGUAUUACUGGUACACAGAUCAGCGGAAGUACGGCACUUGCCCUCACGGUGGUUACGGAUUAGGAUUAGAACGGUUUCUGUGCUGGCUGUUGAACAGAUAUCACAUACGUGAGGUAUGCUUGUAUCCACGCUAUUUGGAGCGUUGUCGCCCAUAAAAACAUUCCCCUGGGAUGCGCAUAAUUGACACGCCACUAGAGAUUUUACAUUAUUGUAGUAAAAUGUGCGUCGUAUUUAAUAAACACACUAUUUCAAUUGGCUUGCAAAAAGAUGUCCUUCGUGUUAUCGAUUAUUCUCUACUCUUGUUCCUCAAAGUGUAAUACUAUGCAUUAUUCUGUAAAAUGUAAAUUUAAAACUAUAUAUAACGUAUAAUAUACGAGUAUAUGUAUUGUCAAAAGCUUAUUAUCUCUGGUAUUUAUAAUUUGCACAUAUUUAUUGUAUGAUCAAGUAUACAAUACCAUCGACUCCGCUUACAACGAUCCAAACAAAGAUUCACAGAAAUGUUACAUAAUCAUACAUGUAUGUGCACAAUUUACAUAUUAAAUUCCUCAAAAACUG